AGCGCCUUGAGGGCGAGCCUCCCCCCGAGCUCCCGCCUGAAAAUGACAUUUCGCCGGCGUCUCCGGAGGGGGCUGAAUUUCACUUUGUAACUUUCUGCGGAACCCGAGCCCGGGUGGCAGCUCGGUGGUGGUAUCGUAUGCAAAUACGCAUGCUGACGUUACAGAUCAUGUGGGUUUUGGCGUAGAUUCCCCACUGAUCGAGACAUUUUUUUUUCCCCUUUUUUUUCUCCUUUUUUUUUUUUUUUUUUCUUUUUAAAAUUUUGGCCACUGUUCUCCGUACGGGGGCUUUUUCUGUCCGUCUGUCUGGCAGGCUGGCUGUCCCCCUCUUUCCCACGGAGCCCGAGCCGGGCGCCGGGUGGGGAGUGGGGAGUGGGUGGGGGGAGCCAGCAGAGUUCCAUUUUGGAACGCCCGCGCCGCGUCUCCGCGCUCCCAGCCCGGGUCCCCGCGUUCCCAGCCCCGGCGCAGGUCUUGAUGCACUGGCUGCUCUCGGAGUCCAAGUGUAAAAAGAUUCCCAGGAUGUAAGCAAUACGGGAUUGGUGAAGAAACCGCGGAGGCAAAAGAAGGAUCCAGCUUGGGUGCCUACUUCAAUUCAGCAGGCGGCUCAGUGCUGUGUCUGCUGUUUGUACAACAGGAAGGUAACAGCAGAGAGCCAGUGUAUGGAAGGUUCCGAGACGGAUCACUGAAGAAAACCUCUUCUCAGCCUCAGUGGCCUCACGGGAAAAGAGAGGACGUAAUAUUUCCCGCUCUGCCUCCUCAGGAUUAGGAGCUCCUACGGGAUGAUGUAUGAUGCUGCCUCUCAUGUUUAGCCAUUGGAACAGUUAGAAUUUUCUGUGCUGAAAUUAUUCUGAAAACUCAAACACUAGACUUCAGCAUUCAAGAGAAGCCAAAGCCAUUGGGGGGGAAUAAAGCCAAAAGCCUUUUAUCUUAUUUGUUCCAAGAAUUUCACUGCCCCUUCCCUGCCUGCCCCCACCCCCAAAUAAGCCAUCGCACACAGACAGGCAGCAUGGCAAGCAAACGAAAAUCUACAACCCCGUGCAUGGUUCGGACAUCACAAGUAGUAGAACAAGAUGUGCCCGAGGACGGAGACAGGGCCAAAGAGAAAGGAAUCAGCACGCCACAGCCUGACACAGCCAAGGACGGUUGGGCAGCGGAACCUGAAAGCUCUUCCAAAGAAAAUGAAGUGAUCGAGGUGAAAUCGACAGGGGAAAACCCAUCCAAAAAACUCCAAGGUGGCUAUGAAUGCAAAUACUGCCCCUACUCCACGCAAAACCUGAACGAGUUCACGGAGCACGUUGACAUGCAGCACCCCAACGUGAUCCUCAACCCCCUCUACGUGUGUGCUGAAUGUAACUUCACAACCAAAAAGUACGACUCCCUGUCUGACCACAACGCCAAGUUCCACCCCGGGGAGACCAACUUCAAGCUGAAGUUGAUCAAGCGCAAUAAUCAGACUGUCUUAGAGCAGUCCAUCGAAGCCACCAACCACGUCGUGUCCAUCCCCACCAGCGGCCCCGGAAGCAGUGACAGUGAUCCUGGCAUCUCGGUGAGUAAAACCCCCAUCAUGAAGCCGGGGAAACCGAAAGCUGAUGCCAAGAAGGUGCCCAAGAAGCCCGAGGAGGCCACCCCUGAGAACCACGUGGAAGGGACCGCCCGCCUGGUGACAGACGCGGCUGAGAUCCUCUCAAGACUCGGAAGCGUGGAGCUCCUCCAGGACACGUUAGGGCACGUCAUGCCUUCUGUCCAGCUGCCACCAAAUAUCAACCUUGUCCCCAAGGUCCCCGUCCCGCUGAAUACUACCAAAUACAACUCUGCCCUGGACACGAACGCCACCAUGAUCAACUCCUUCAACAAGUUCCCUUACCCGACCCAGGCUGAAUUGUCCUGGCUGACAGCCGCUUCCAAACACCCAGAAGAGCACAUCAGAAUCUGGUUUGCCACCCAGCGCUUAAAGCACGGCAUCAGCUGGUCCCCAGAGGAGGUAGAGGAGGCCCGGAAGAAGAUGUUUAAUGGCACCAUCCAGUCAGUACCCCCGACGAUCACUGUGCUGCCCGCCCAGCUGGCCCCCACAAAAAUGUCACAGCCCAUCCUGCAGACAGCUCUACCGUGCCAGAUCCUUGGCCAGACCAGCCUGGUGCUGACCCAAGUGACAAGUGGGUCAACAACCGUCUCUUGUGCCCCCAUCACGCUUGCUGUGGCUGGAGUGACCAACCACGGCCAGAAGAGACCUCUAGUGACUCCCCAAGCUGCCCCCGAGCCCAAGCGUCCACAUGUUGCUCAGGUGCCAGAGCCCCAACCCAAGGUGGCCAACCCUUCACUGACCCCGGCCAGCGACCGCAAGAAGACGAAGGAGCAGAUAGCACAUCUCAAGGCAAGCUUUCUCCAGAGCCAGUUCCCUGACGAUGCUGAGGUCUACCGACUCAUCGAGGUGACCGGCCUUGCCAGGAGCGAGAUCAAGAAGUGGUUCAGUGACCACCGGUAUCGGUGUCAAAGGGGCAUUGUCCACAUCACCAGCGAAUCCCUUGCCAAAGACCAGCUGGCCAUCGCAGCCUCCCGACACGGUCGCACGUACCAUGCAUACCCAGACUUUGCCCCACAGAAGUUCAAAGAAAAAACGCAGGAUCAGCUUAAAAUCCUGGAAGACAGCUUUUUGAAAAGCUCUUUUCCAACCCAAGCAGAACUGGACCGGCUAAGGGUGGAGACCAAGCUGAGCAGGAGAGAGAUUGACUCCUGGUUCUCGGAGAGGCGGAAGCUUCGGGACAGCAUGGAACAGGCUGUCUUGGAUUCCAUGGGGUCUGGCAAAAAAGGCCAAGAUGCGGUGGCCCCCAAUGGUGCUCUGUCUCGACUUGACCAGCUCUCCGGUGCCCAGUUAGCCAGCUCUCUGCCCAGCCCUUCACCAGCAAUUACAAAAAGUCAAGAACAGGUUCAUCUCCUGAGGAGCACCUUUGCAAGAACCCAGUGGCCUACGCCCCAGGAGUAUGACCAGUUAGCAGCAAAGACUGGUCUGGUCCGGACUGAAAUCGUGCGUUGGUUCAAGGAGAACAGAUGCUUGCUAAAAACCGGAACCUUGAAGUGGAUGGAGCAGUACCAGCAACAGCACGUGGCGGAUGAUCAUGGCUAUGACGCCACGUCCAGGAAAGCAGCAAAAGCCGUCAUCACCGAGAGCCCAAAGAACGGGAGUGAGGUGGGUCAGCAAUAUUACAAGGACCCCAAAAAGCUCUGCGAAGAGGACUUGGAGAAGUUGGUACCCAGGGUGAAAGUGGGCAGCGAACGAGCAAAAGACGGUUUGCCAGCAAAGCCUUCAGAGGCCACCUUGGACAGGUCAGAGGGCAACAGCCGGGAUGGCCAGGGCAGCGAUGAGAACGAGGAAUCGGGCGUCGUGGACUGGGUGGAGGUGACAGUCGGAGAGGAGGACGCCAUCUCAGACAGGUCGGACAGCUGGAGUCAGGCCGCAGCCGAAGGCACGGCAGAGCUGGCCGACUCGGACUCCGACAGCGUCCCUGCCGAGGCCGGCCAGGCCUAGACAGGGAGGUCCGUCUGGACUGCUGUGCUGAUAACUGCUGUGCUGUCUUUGAAGAAAGAAGAGAACUUCCCUCUCCGGCCACCGGCCAUCCUGGCCAGAGACUGACUCCCAGUGGAAAUACUUAGCCUGCGUGUGCCUGCAGGGUGCGGGAACCCCAGCUGCUUUCACACGUACCUGCCAGAGGACCGCUGGGAAUUGUUCAUAGUGCCAAAGUCCUACUACUGCGUUUUCAAUGCGCCCUUGUAAAUAGUUUGCUCCUCUGCCCCGGCCCCCGCCUCUUGCUAUACUGGAACCGAUUUGUACAAUGUGGGAAUUUUGUUACCUUUUUAAUCGAGGGCAACUCUCUUUUCCAGCACUACCAUUGUAAGGUUUUUUCCAGGAGGGAGGGCUGAUCACACGUGCUUUUCUCUUUUUGCCUUUUCUUUUUUUAUUUUUAUUUUAUUAAUUUGGGGGAGGAGGGAGUGUUAGCAUUAGUGCCAUUAUAUCUACUGGAUUUUAGGUAGGGGGAGUUCAUUUUUUAAAGGUAGUUUGAAAUUUGGGAGAUUUCUCGGGGUGGGGAACGGCUGGGAUUCGAGCGUCUGUCUCAACUUGAAGAGGGUUUACAAAUAGCGGAUCUUCCAAGUCAAAUCUGUUUCCAGUUCUUCCCCCAGCCGCCUCUGGGGUCCUGUUUAGCCACGCACACGGCUUUCUGAGCUGCCAAGAGGCAGGUCUGGUUUUCGACGGCCCGGCCUCUCAGGUCAGACCGUGGGCCCAGCCAGCACCGGGAGAACUGGGUAGCAGGUGGCUGUCGUUUUUAAGCACCUUUUUAGAUACCAGCAGAAAGGGCUCCCACAUUUGUCAACAUUGUCAUUACUUCUGUGAAAUGAAAACAAAACAAGAUCUUCCUAUCUAGGUGGUACAAAGAUGAACAGUUUUCAUUUCAUCAUUUUGUUUCAUUUGGUUUUCAUUUCUGUUCCUAACUGCCUUUUCUCAGUGUGGUAUUUGACAAGAUUUCAGCUUGAAGCCUCACCAUGAAUUGAUUCUUUCUGUUUUUUUUGUUUUGGGCCAAUUUUAGAUUCCUGAGUGCACUUUUUUUUUUUUUUUCAGUUAGUCCUAACUUUUAAAGAAGAAAAACCAAGAGACCUAUCUGGUGUAAAUGUUGCAAUAUGAAUUGUGUUUGCAAUCCUUCUCCCCUCCCCCACUGGCCCCCAUUUGAGUCCACUGCACAAAUAAAAUGCUAGGGAGUUUGGGAAAAAAAAAAACCAAUUUUUCUAACUUGUUGCUCUUUUGUUGUAACUCAAUAAAGCAAAAACUAAACAUUUUUAUAACCUU